UUCCUAACUUUUCCUUGAAUCAGCGUCUGACUUCCCCUUUUUCUCUCUCUCUAGACCUCAAGUCCAAUUCCCCUCCCUCCCAGGAAGUACCCCGGAAGCUUCACCUUGUCCCGAGCGAGACCUUCAAUCAUAUCUCCUCAUCCUUCGAGGACCAGAGAAACCAAAUCUCUUUCUCCUCGGCCAGCUAGCUCGAUUGUUCCUGGAUUUUUUCAGGGGUGAACUCGUGGCAUUGGGGCUUUGGGGGGUUUGCUUCUCUCCUGGAUGCUCUCCGAUCUUGUUAUACCAUUUUGGGUUGUGUGAAUUUGGAGGUUCACCAUUUGGCUGAUUGUAACUGUGCUUGAAGGUGACAUUGAGGCCUUCUAAUGAGAACUGAAUUAGAUUUUGGUCAUUGAUUAUUCCCAUAUUUAAAAACCUCUCGAGUUCAGUGUGCACUUACAGUUGCUGUUGUGCAAGACCUGAAGUGAUGCAUCACCGGGAGGACAAAUUUGUGAGGUUUCAGGACUGGCGUUCAGAGAGAUCCGUUAGUUCAGAGAGGACCUAUUCAAAGGGAGAGAGAAGAAUAUUCUGUUCAGUUGCAAAUAUUGCUAGGGCUUUUGUUGAGUGGGGAUCCAAGGCGAUUGAAAAUGUUUUUCACUACAAGCCUCCAUCUGAAUCCUCAGUGGGAGAGCUCAAGUCUAGGAGAAAAGUACUUGAUCCUCAAGGUCCAUUUCUUCAGAGGUGGAAUAAGAUAUUUGUCUUGUCGUGUGUGAUUGCUGUGUCUGUGGAUCCCUUAUUCUUUUAUAUUCCGGUUGUUAAUGACAAUGGUGCAUGUCUUGAUUUGGAUAUGAAACUGGCAAUCGUUGCCAGUGUCUUGCGCUCCAUCACAGACCUGUUUUACCUUCUUCAUAUCGUUUUUCAGUUUCGGACUGGUUUUAUAGCUCCUUCAUCAAGAGUAUUUGGAAGGGGUGUUUUAGUUGAAGAUCCUUCAAUAAUAGCGAGACGGUAUUUAUCAUCACACUUUCUCAUUGACAUUCUUGCUGUACUUCCCUUGCCUCAGGUGGUUAUCCUAAGCAUAGUACCAGAGCUGAAGUCUGCACCAUUAAAUGCAAAAAACCUUUUAAUGUUUAUUGUUGUGUUCCAAUAUAUUCCUAGACUUACUAGGAUCAUUCCUUUGUAUCUGGAAGUUACAAGGACAGCUGGAAUAAUCACUGAAACAGCAUGGGCUGGGGCAGCUUUUAACCUCUUGCUUUAUAUGCUUGCAAGUCAUGUACUUGGAGCAUUUUGGUACUUGAUUUCAAUAGAACGAGAAUACUCAUGCUGGAAGGCUGCCUGCCAAACCAACUGCUCUGUUUCCUCUUUGUAUUGUAGAGAUGGACAAGACAAUGGGCAAAAUGUUAUUAUUGCUGAUGCUUGCCCUGUUGCAACACCUAAUGCUACACUUUUCAACUUUGGAAUAUUCCUUCCUGCUCUUCAAAAUAUUGUUCAAACAAAAGCCUUCUUCCCAAAGCUGUUUUAUUGCUUUUGGUGGGGAUUGCAAAACUUGAGUUCUCUCGGUCAGAAUCUGGGCACAAGCACUUAUGUUUGGGAAAUCUUGUUUGCUGUUUUCAUCUCAAUAUCUGGCCUGGUUUUAUUUUCACUUCUCAUCGGGAAUAUGCAGACAUACCUGCAAUCCACCACAAUGAGGAUAGAAGAAAUGAGAGUGAAAAGGAGGGAUGCCGAGCAGUGGAUGUCUCACCGCUUGCUUCCUGAGAACUUGAGGGAGCGAAUUCGUCGACAUGAGCAGUACAGAUGGCAGGAAACAAGAGGUGUGGAUGAAGAGCAUUUGAUCAUGAAUCUGCCAAAAGACCUUAGGAGGGACAUAAAGCGUCAUCUCUGUUUGGCACUGCUCAUGAGGGUACCCAUGUUUGAGAAGAUGGAUGAUCAGCUUAUGGAUGCCAUGUGUGAUCGUUUGAAACCAGUGUUAUAUACUGAGGACAGUUGCAUCAUACGGGAGGGAGACCCCGUAGAUGAGAUGCUCUUUAUCAUGCGGGGAAAAUUGGAGAGUGUCACCACUAAUGGUGGAAGAACAGGAUUCUUCAAUUCGGAUUUUCUCAAAGCCGGGGAUUUUUGUGGUGAAGAGCUCCUCACUUGGGCUUUGGAUCCCCACUCAUCCUCCAGCCUCCCCAGCUCAACACGGACAGUGAAGGCAUUGUCCGAGGUUGAGGCAUUUGCUCUAAUGGCGGACGAUUUGAAGUUUGUUGCUUCUCAGUUCCGACGGCUGCACAGCAAGCAGCUCCGUCACACAUUUAGGUUCUACUCACAACAGUGGAGAACAUGGGCUGCCUGUUUCAUACAGGCUGCUUGGAGAAGAUACAUGAAGAAGAAAGUCGAGGACUCGUUGCAUGAACACGAAAACAGGCUGCAGGCUGCACUUGUCACAGGUGGUGCUAGUUCACCUAGCCUUGGCGCCACCAUUUAUGCUUCUCGAUUUGCGGUAAAUGCUCUUCGGGCACUUCGAAGAAACGGCACGCGAAAGACCCGGCUGCAGGAACGGUUGCCCGUGAUGUUACUUCAGAAACCAGCUGAACCCGAUUUCACGGUGGAUGAACACUAGCACAUGAUUUCUAAUCUUGCCUUUCGCAUGGGUUGUGAAAACCUCGGACUUUCCUUUGCAAUCAUCAGUUCUUUCGGAAUGUAUUGUUCUGCUAAGGAGCACACGAGAUACUGUCGAUGUGACACGGUUUAGUGCUUGUUCACGACAUGACUGUUCCUUUGUGACUGCCAUUCUAGGUUUUGGUCUUUUGGUGUGUACAUGAUUGAAAAUAACUUAGGAAGAUUUGUUGUAUUAUGCAAAAUGUAAGUAUUGAAAAUUCUCUCAACUUCUAAUUUGUAUGGAGUUAUAUGUAUUUGAAAUUCUCUUCAAGGGGAAUGUGUCAGUGCUUCAAUGAGGGAAAAUUUCAUGUCAAGUUAUUGUUUACGAGUCUUUUGGUUGUCUUUUUUUAUUAUUAUUUUAAUAGAAAAGUCUUUUGGUUGUGCGUA